CAGAAAUUAGACACCAUGUCCGAACAUCUCAGAAUUGUGCUCGAAAUUUUCAAGAGAAUACAACAGUGCUUCAAACUACACUGCCUCCUACAAGGACAUAUACACACUGUAAUGCACGUCUGUUUCACCGUGAAACAUUUGACAUGUGUUGCAAUGGAGGAAAAGUCUCUUUGCCCCAAGUAAAUGCUCCUCAGGAAUUACUAGACAUCUUCUUAGACCCUUCUGCAGAAGGAAACCAUUUUAGGAAACACAUUCGUGGUUACAAUCAUGUUUUUUCAUUCACUUCGUGUGGUGUACACAUAGACGAACAAUUAGCUUCAGCAAGUCAUGGUGUAUAUACAUUCCGUGCUCAAGGAUCAAUGUACCACAGUAUAGGAGGAUUUCAUCCGGAUCAGGGGGCGCGGCCACACUUCUUGCAACUAUAUAUAUACGAUACUGAUCACGAGUUACAAAAUAGGAUGCUGGAGAACACACAACUGCAUAAAAGUUUGGUUUUGAAGCUACAACAAUUGUUGCACCGAUAUAAACCUUUUAUCCAUGUAUUCCACCAGCUUGCACAACGACUAGAUGUGCAAGAGUGUAGUUUGGUGAUCAGAGAGCGACCUGCUAAUCAACCACAAUACAGUCUCCCAACUGCUUCACAAGUAGCAGCCAUAAUAGUCGGUGAUGAUAUUGAAACAAUGGUGCGAGGACGGGAUAUCAAGGUUCAAACUCAUGCUGGUAACCUCAGAAGGAUUCAAGAGUUUAUUGGGUAUUACAAUCCACUACAAUAUCCUCUUCUUUUUCCAUUUGGAACCCAUGGAUGGGAUAUAAAUACUCGAACUCAACGUGGAAACAAAGUAUCAUGCCGGACAUAUUAUAGCUAUAUGCUCCAGGUACAAACUCCUAUAUUUGUUACAUCAUUUAUAGACUUCCGUAGAUGAUAGUUUGUACCAAUAAAUCAUUUCACAAUUUCUAACAAUUUUCUAUAAUCCUCAAUAUUCGUAGAUCCGCCCCAAUGAUCACUCAACAGUUUUGCAAGCGGGGCGACUUCUUCAACAAUAUGUUGUUGACAACUAUGUGAAAAUGGAAACAGGCAAGUUAAGAUGGGUUCGACAAAGACAAAAGGAACUUCGAGCUGAACUGUAUCAAGGCUUGCAAGAUGCUUUGCACACAGGAGAGAAUAAUGCUGGUAAUUAUUCAACUUAACGGCCACAUGAUUGAUCAUUACGUGUUCCUAAAUUUAAACUUUAAAACUAAUAAUACUUUUCUCUAAAAUCUGUUUUAGAAAAUGUUGGCAG